UAAAAGAUAUUCUAGAACAUAGAAAUGUGCGAUUUUCUAAAUAGGGAAUGUUCUAUUUAAUAAGAGAAAACGAAAAAGAUUCUAGCCAAAAAUAUAUUUUUUGAUCAUAGGAAAUAGGGGUGUCACAUUUAAAUUUAACUAAAUUUUGAAAACUAGUAGAUCAACAUAGUUCUUGACUUGAUUGCUACUAUUUAAAGUCAAAUAUUUGAUAAAGCUAUAUAGUCAUUCUUCUACGAAUUUUGUUAUGAAAUAUAUAUAGUUAUGAGCAUCCCGAUGUUUUUGAACAAGAAAGUUGACGGACUCUGCAUAAUCUGUAGAGAAAUUUUUUGACUAUUAUGAACAAAUAUUAACUUUUCACGAAGUUAAAUUUAAACAAAAAUCAACUGUAAAUUGGCAUCCUCAAGAUAGGAAAAUAAUACAGCAACGUACGCAUAUGAUAAGCUCAUAUAUGUUCAUAGAAAAUAUAGACUCUCAAAAAAUACAAAGCAAAAUAUAGAACUAUUUUGAUGCAAGAAAAAAGAGCAUUAGAGAGAACUCUAUAUUCUUGUGCUAUAGAAUAAUCUUUCAGUAUAUAGAUUAUUCUGAGGAAUUUCUAGCAAAAAAAAGGAAUGAUUUAUUCAAAGAAUUUUACCUCGAUACGCGAGAGAGAGAAAGAUCUCAUUUUAUUCUUAUACGUUUUCUCUUCUAGUUAAUAUUCCUGCUAAUGCCACGUGGAAGCAGAGCGGAGUGACUAUUGCUGGAGAUAACGGGUAUGGGGGUGCCACUAAUCAACUCAGAGACCCUCUUGGUCUCUUCGUUGAUGAUGAUCAAACAGUGGUUAUUGCUGACCACGUGAAUGAUCGUAUCAUGCAAUGGAAGAACGGUGAUACAACGAAUGGACAAGUUGUUGCUGGUGGUAAAGACCCAGGAAAUGGAUUACAUCAAUUGUAUGGUCCAACUGAUGUAUUAAUUGACAAAGAGACGGAUACUCUCAUUAUUUGUGAUCAAGAGAAUCGAAGAGUUGUACGAUGGUCUCGUCGUAGUGGUACAACACAAGGUGAAAUACUCAUCGACAACAUCGAUUGUUUUGGAUUAGCAAUGGACGAACAGAGAUAUCUCUACGUCUCUGACGUCGAUAAACAUGAAGUAAGACGAUAUCAAUUUGGUAAGCAGAAUGGCACUCUCGUAGCUGGUGGUAAUGAACAAGGUAAUGAACCCAAUCAACUCAACGUGCCGAAAUAUCUCUUUGUCGAUCGAGAUCAUUCAGUGUACGUAUCAGACGCCAAUAACAAUCGUGUAGUGAAAUGGAAUAAAGGUGCAAAAAAAGGUAUUGUGGUCGCUGGAGGACAAGGCGCAGGAAGUGCUCUGACACAAUUGUCUCUUCCUAGUAAAAUUUUCGUUGAUACGUUGGGUACACUCUAUGUAGCAGACUCGUUGAAUCAUCGUGUAAUGCGCUGGACUCAACGAGACAAGAAACAAGGCGCUGUAGUUGUGGGUGGAAAUGGUGAAGGAGAAGGAGCCAAUCAGUUCGACGGCCCCGUUGGUUUGUCUUUUGAUCGACAUGGUAAUCUCUAUGUCGUCGAUCAUUAUAAUAAUCGUGUUCAACGAUUUUCUAUCGAAUAA